AUGCUGUAUCAGGAAUUCAAGAAGACAAAGACCUACAAGUGGACCACGAAGGUGCUCGGUUUCCUACUAGAUCAGUGGUUCUUCGUGCUUUUGGGUGUUUUCGUUGUAUUGGCAUACUUCUUUCCAGAAUUUGCCAAGCAGGGGGGUACUGUCAAGGCCCAAUACUCCAUCGGCUAUGGUGCAGUGGCAGUGAUUUUCUUGAUUUCAGGUCUUUCCAUGACCACCAAGGACUUGUUCUCAAAUAUCAUGCAUUGGAGAGCUCACUUUACCGUGCUUUCAUCGUCCUUCCUCAUCACCUCGGCGAUUAUUUACGGUAUCUCUUGUGGUAUCAAAGCUUCUGGUGAUAGCGCAAUCGACGACUGGUUACUCGUGGGUAUGAUUGUCACUCAUGCCUGUCCAACCACAGUUUCAUCCAACGUCGUCAUGACCAAGGCAGCGGAUGGAAAUCAUGUUUUAACCACUUGCGAGGUGUUCAUAGGUAACGUUUUGGGUGCAUUCAUUACCCCGGCUUUGGUCCAAAUGUACAUGACAGGAACAUGGGAUUUCGGUAACCCAAAGUACCAGGAACAGCAACAGUCUAUUCAAGCACUUUACGCUAGUGUGAUGAAACAGAUUGGUCUCUCGGUGUUCGUUCCUCUCUUCGUUGGGCAAGUUGUUCAGAAUAUUUGGCCCAAACAGGUCAAGUGGACUCUCACAACAUUUUAUCUUAACAAGGUUGGUUCCUUCAUGUUGCUUUUAAUUAUGUUCCAAUCCUUCUCGACAGCCUUUGCCCAGGACGCCUUUGAGUCUGUUUCCCACGCCUCGAUCAUCUUUUUGGUUUUCUUCAACAUCGGCAUCUACUUGUUCUUCACGGUGUUGGUCUUCUUCUACCUGCGGCCGUACUUUAUCGUCAAGUAUUACGACCACGAACCAACCGAGCAGGACUCGAAGACGUACACCUGGGGCUACAAGUUAUUUAGACCAUUUUACUACAAUCGUCGUGACACAGUUUCAGUGAUGCUCUGUGGACCCGCCAAAACCGCCGCUUUGGGUGUUUCGUUGGUCUCCUCGCAAUAUGGUGCUCACAAUCCCAAGUUGGGUGUGUUGUUGGUACCAUUGGUGCUUUACCAAGCUGAGCAGGUUCUCACGGCACAGAUUUUGGUCAACUUCAUGAAGAAGUGGGUUCAUGCUUUGGACAAGCCUGCUGAGGAUGAGGAGGCUGGUCCGUCUGAGGAUGCUGAACCCGACGGAGUUAAGGCCAGUGAUACUGACACUCAGUACGGCAGCAUUUCGGAGCAUGGACAGGCGACUCCUCAAGAGCAGGAAGCUCGAUAA